CACAAUUCUCUUUUCCAUCUGCCUCAACAUGCCAAAAAUCAACGUGACAUUCGACGAUUUUGAUCCCCUCCUCGUUUACUCGGAUUACACCCAAUGGUCCACUCCGAACCCGCAAGACAACCCGACAUGGUAUAACGCGAGUGAAAACGAAACGGGCGUACCGUGGCAUGAGGCUACCAUGCACUACACCACCACCCAAGGCGCUUCAUUCGCAUUCAACUUUACAGCUUCAUCAGCUUGGAUAUAUGGUGCUUCCGGUCCUUCCUCUUCCGCUACCAACUAUACAAUGACGCUCGACGGGACCUCUUCCUCCCAUACAGCUGAAAAUACGACCUCCUCCGAUAACACGCUUGGUCAAGGGCGGACGUUGUUAUGGAGUGUACAGGGGCUGGAAGAAGGGGAGGUACAUGAAGUAGAGUUGAGGAAUGAGGGGAGCGGGGUGGGAGUGGACCUGGUUGUGCUGGAAGUUGAUGUAGGUGAGAAUACGAGUAACUCGACGCUGGAUAAUACUAGCCCUGAGAUCAGUUACACUGGGACGUGGGAUAGCAAUAAUGGGAGUUUUUAUGGAGGUUCCAGCUCGUACACCCAAGGUGCAGGCAAUGAGUUUUCUUUCAAUUUCACCGGCUCUGCGCUGUAUAUCUACGGUGAUCAGGUCAACGAUCACGGCCCAUAUUCCAUCUUUUUCAACGCCUCUACCAUCCCUUACGCGACGUAUAGUGGCCGGUCAGGAUGUGGCGUCGGUGGCGUGGAGAAGAGCUGUGAGAAAUUGGGGACUCUGAAGGUAUUUGUAGGUGGGCUUGGAGAGGGGGAACACCAAGUCAGGUUGAUCAAUGAGGGUGAGGGAACUUAUUUCGAUUUUGAUUACCUCGAAUAUACCACUCCGUCGACUUAUCCCUCUUUCACCCUUGAUCCAACCUGCGCCAACGGUAUUUGCGCGUCUUCCUCUUCCGGCAAUAUCACCACUACCGCAGCAUCCGGAGCCUCUGGUGCGGCCACAAGCGCAACUACUUCUGCGCCUUCAUCUAGCGAGAGUAGUGGUGCAAAUGCCAACUUGUAUAAUCGUGAAAGAGGAUAUGCAGGGUUGGGGACUGGGCUUUUGGUAGGGGUCAUGGGCGUUUGGGGUAUGAGAAAGAUGGGUUGGGCAUAAAUGAAACUAUGAACAUUGGACUAUACUAUCGUCGUCAUACGUCUGUAUCUACAUCCCGACUAUCAAUACCUGUACCGU